AUGGUGCGAAAUCGAUGGGUUAUCUUCAUCGUGUGCUUGUUGCAUCAUGUCCACAGAGGCCUGCAGAGAGGCCUGCAGCAGGAUGGAAGCCGGCUGACAGCAUUCGACACCCAGGAGAAGGCACUGCAGCACCUCAAGGGCACCACAGAACAGGGGCGACUGACGCAAGAUCUGCUGGAAAGGUGAGGCUCACGCACAGCAAGGGAAUGGAUGGCAUUCAUCGCAUCACUCGGCAUCCCUUCCUUUGGUGGUUCGGUCCAGAGAUCUUCGUUUCUGCGUGCGCAACUGCUGGUGGGACGUAUGCCGCUAUCUCAUUUCGUUGAGCCAUUCGUCGUCUGUCGAGGAUGGCAACACGAGUAGGCUCACACGGAAGGAACAGACACGAACACAUACGAACACAUGCAGACCACACCCUCUCUCUGUCUUGUCUGUGCGUUCGUUGUGAUGCAGGGUUGGAUGCGGCAGGUGUGGUGCGUCAGGAGGUGGGCCGCGUACGCCAAGCUGCUGACAGCCUCAUACGGAUACUCGACAGGCAACACGCUGACAUUCAAAGGUCGGGUGCCACGAUGUACCUACCUACCGUACCUGUCGAUGAAUGAACCGACUGUCGAUGCGUGUCGGUGGCUGUGUGUGUGCAGGAUAUCCUGUGCCUUUCAGUGGGCUCAGUCGCCCUCACAGGUCUUCCUGAGCAUCAAAUACUCAUACAAAUGGAACAGCCCAGGUCGGAAGACCCAUACAAAUAGAACCCACAGAUCUGUGAGUGACCUCCUGUACUGACUGUCUGUGUGCAGGUGCAUUAUCGCUUGAGAGUGAGGAGGUGUCCAUCAGCCCCCGGCACUUCCACUUCUCGGGCGAGGGCCAGCAGAGCCACAGCCACAAAAGGUACUUCCUUGACCUGGACCUAUACGACACUGUCAGCCAACAGGUCCGCCAAAGACACCAACCAUGACAGGCAACCAAUCAGCAGCCGUCACCCAUCCCAUCCGAUGUGAUGUGUGUGCAGAAUUCGUCCUGGUCUUUCGGCAGCGUCGGCCGACUGAUGUAGGCAGCAAGAGAGAUAUGCACGGACAGAGGGAGGAGCCGAAUGCUAUGCCUUUGUCUUCCAGGGUGACAUUGACAAAGGAGAAGGACGCCAUCUGGCCCAGGCUGACGCAGUCGACCGUAGGCGCGCACACAGAAAAAACAAGCGCAGAGAAUGGAGCAGAAUGCAAGGCGGUCCUGCGCCUGUCCGUCAGGACAAAAUUGCCAACAUGCACGUGUGGUGGGAAAUGAAAGAGCGGUGAGCACGCGCACACACCUACGCUCACAGUCCACCCACACACAGACGGCAUCUCCAUCCCACCCUCUGUGCAGCUAUGAGUCGGAGGUGGCCGAGUAUGAGAAGAAGCAUGGCGUAUUGGAUGACCAGCAGGAGGAGGCAGCCAACCGCCGGCCGACGAAGGGCAAGAGGCGGCAGCCCAAGCACAUGGCCGAGGUCGACUGGCUGGUCAGAUGGGGCGUGUGGCUGCAACGAGUCGACAACGCGACAAGGGCUUUCAUGGCUGGCAAGGUAAAAUGGGGUGCAUUGCUCUGCAAUGAGGAUCGAGAUGAGAAAUCUGUAUCUAUCUGCUCGCGUCACGUUCGUGUGUUUAGAGGGGCGAAGCUUUAUCGUAUUUGCGAGGGGACCACGACGACCCGAAAGGCAUCAUCCGGCGGUAUCUGCCUACACCGACUGACGUGUUCUUCUGGGCCAACCUCGCUUACUUCCUGCUGGCCUUUGUCACGCUGGCUGCCGUGCUGGUGCCUGUGGUGUGCUACUGCUACAAGCCGCUGAGGAGCACCCUCUUCGACUCUGAUGCCAUGGAUGCUGGGCGGACACACCAAAGGCAAAGGGAGAAGAAGGAGAGCUAGCCGUCGUUUCUGGUGGUGGGACUCGGUGUGUGCGCGCGUGUGUGGGUGUACAUAAGUGGUACCAUAUGGUAUUUGUCUGGGUAGGUAGGUAGAGCGC